UUAUGACAUUUUCAACAAAGUGGGUGUUCAGGACUGUAGAUAAUCGAACAAAUAAACAAUAUUCUACAUUACAAAGAACCGUAAUGAUCUCUUGAAACUCUAAAAAUGGAAGGCUUACCUGCAGGAGAUAUACAGGCAAAGUACCAAAAGCUGGCAUCCGAAUAUUCAAAGCUAAGAGUUCACGUGAAAGUUUUAAAAAAGGGCGUUCUAGAUGAGCAAGCAAAGUCAAAUGAACUAAGGGAAACACUAAAAUCUAAGGAGAAAGUUAUCAGACAAGAUGAAUUGGAGAUAGAUUCAUUAACUUUUAGAAAUCAGCAGUUGACGCGGCGCGUGUCCGUCCUUCAGGAUGAGCUCGAUGCUUUGCAGAAUAAGUUAAGUAAGAAAACAAAAAGUAAAACUGAUGAAAAACAAACGACUAGCUCUGUGCCUGCACUACUCGACCCCGGCCUGCUGCAGGAGGAGCUGCAGAAGAAGAUAAUUGAGAAUGCACAGCUUGCAUCACAGCUUUCAGAUAAAACCUUCGAAGUGGCCCAACUUAGAGCUUCCUUAGAGGAUUACCAGAAACAUUAUAAUGAAAGUGAGAGUAGAUAUAAAUGUGAGAUAGCUAAACUGAAGAAUAAAAUCCAAGAGAUACAAUUUACAUUAGAAGAGUUGCAGAAGGAUAGAGGACACAAGGGUGUAGCGACGGGCAGUCAAGCGAGCUGUAAUGGAGACUUCUUGUCCGAGGCUGGUAGUCUGAUAGGCAGCGAGGAUGCUCUUAGUUCUGUAGAUGAGUUGAACAUCAACGAACAGCUCAGUACAAAAGCAUUCACAUUAGAUCAGGAGAAUCAGAAGCUUCGUAUGGAGUAUGAGAUACUGCAGAUGGAGAACGAAAGCCUUAAAUUAGAAAUAGCUAAGCAUGUUUCCGCAGCUCAGAAGAGGAAAGGAGAGAGUCAUGAUUCCGGAGACUUUAAUACAUUUAAUGAGACCUCGGUGGAUGGUGAGGGCAGGAUGACGGGACUUCUUGGUAGUUUAGAGGUGCCGUUCACCCUGAAGCAGGAGGUGCAGGUGCGCGAGGAGCGCCUGCAGCAGUACUACCGCGCCAAGCUCAGCGCCGCACGCGCCGACCGCGACCUGCUCGCCACCAAGACUGAACAUUACAUUAACGAGUGCGAGAUGUUGCGGCUGCGGUUCGAAGAGAUGGAACGGGAGAGGGAGAGAGACGCGCUUACGGUUGAGGAGAAACACAACACUAUUAGCAGACUGGAGGAGGAAUUACACUCGACGUCGCACAACUACGAGCAGCAGAUGUCGGUGCUGACGGAGCACGUCGCUGGACUCAACGACCAGCUCGCGGAGCGCCACCACCAGCUCGAGCUGCUGCGCCACCAGCUCGCCGCGCGCAGGAAGUGACGUCACACCACACCACGUGCCACCACAACUAACAACCAAUACGUCAUAUUAAUGAAACAUGGGUCAAAUCACGUGAAAUGUUCAGUAAAAGCCCCGAAAAAGUUAUAUCUCACGAAAAUUUUAAUAAGCAAUAUUUGAUCGAAAACACCAACUUAAAAUGCUAGUGAGAAAAGUCAAAUUAAAAUAUAAGUAUUCGUAUGAAAAGUUUUAAUGUUUACAAAUGAAAUAAUCAAAAAAGAAAGAAGAUGCUUAAAAUGUCAGAUCAUGAAAUCGAUUUAAAUUUUAAAUCGAUUUUUAAUAUGGUUUUUCAUUUGUUGAUUCACAUCCCUAAAGACGUUGAUCUGACAGCUGUCAAAGUUAAUAUAUUAUGUGUUGCUAGAUAGGAAUAUUUAAUUCGUUUAAACGUUCUAGUAUUUGAAGAGUGAUUAAAUUGCACUGAUAAAAUUAUGUUUUAAUUAAUUUGAAUUUCUAUCACUAGAUAAAUUUAGAUAAUUUUUCGGAAGACCUUGAGAUUAUUGGGAGAAUAGAAAAGUAAAAUGAUUUAUUUUUGUUUGCAAAGAGCAAUAAUCUGCUAAAUAAAACAAAUGUAUCUGUACUGAAUAAAAUAACAAAAUGUUUUUCUAGUAAACUUCACACAUUUUUAAUACAUUUGACACAAGUUUUGAUUUGAGACUUUUAUAUUUACAGCUAAUUUUGACUUGGAAGUAAAAUUUUAUUUUAGUCCUUAAUCGAAAACAUUCCCAACAUUUUUUUUAAAUUGUUUUAACCUACAACUUUGAACCUUAAGAUCUGUUUCCAAUAAGUAUUUUGCCGCGCGGUUAUCGCACGACCGUCGUUUUGCAGCCGCGGUCGCGCCAGUGCAAAUACACUUUAUACCACUUACUGCCAAACUGAAAUAAUACAUAAAUAUGAUAAUGCCACAAAAAGACCUGUACCACCAAAAUUUUAAAUUAUAUUUGUAAAAACCACGACAGUUUAAAGUU